CAAAACUUCCGUUUCCAAAACUGACUACACUCCUUGUCACCUCGAAUUUACUCACAGCAAUUACGCCUUCGACAUUUGAAAAUAUGGAAGUAGUAGACAUUUCCAAUAAUAACAUUGGUCACCUGCCACCAGAAUUGGGUAGGAUUACAACCAUCAAGACGUUGCUUGUCGAAGGGAAUUCAUUCAGGGUUCCCCGAUAUACGAUUGUGCAAGCGGGUACGACCGCGAUUAUGGAGUACUUACGAGGAAAGAUCCCAACAUCUUAG